UUAAGAAAGCACUACAGAGGACUAACUUGGAUUACGAUGAAAAUAUAGAGAAAGAUAAAAGAAAGCUUAUUAAGAAAGCACCACAGAGGACUAACUUGGACUACUAUAAAAAUAUAGAGAAAGAUAAAAGAAAGUUUUUGAUCAUUCCUUUGAGUAUCUUUUCUUUGUUGGUGCUUAGUUUGAUCAUUCCUUUGAGUAUCUUUUCUUUUUUUUUUUUUUUUUUUGGUAUACUCAUCUACGUGUAUUUCAGGUGUGUUUGAGAAGAAUUAAUCUGGUUGAAUAGUAGAUUUGAGUGAUCUUUUUUUGGAUGGGAGGGGGUUCUUCUACGGAGAAGAAGAAGAUUGCAUGGCCUAAAGAUGAUUUUAUUGAUUUGGUCCUCUCAUGGUCUAUCAAAGAUAUUUUUGAUGACACUCUAUAUCAACAUCAGGUGGAGCAGAUUCCACAAUCAUUUGAAUCAGCAGAGCAUUACAUUGGCUCUUUCUUCUUCCGCUUACUUGAAGAAACACGAGCGGACAUUGCUGCUUCCUUGAAAGACAUAGUCAAAGCACCAUUUGCUGAAUUAAUCUCCUUUGAUGAAGUAGAGCCAAAUGGAGCUUUUGAUGUUAAGGUUGACUAUUGGAGGAAUAAAUGUAGUGAUGGUCGGGUGCCUUAUAGGACAUCGCCAGGAGAUAUUGUUGUUAUCUCGAAAGCUAAACCCGAAGCUGCUAAUGACCUGCAGCGAUCGGGAUAUUGGACAUUUGCGUCUGUUAUUGAUGCCAAUGAGAAUGAUGCAUUGGUUAAUUUUAAAGUCAGAAUUCCUCCAUAUAGCGGAAUUGUUAAGGGAAUGCGACAAUCGUGCCAUAUAGUGUUUUUGGUGAAUGUAAUGCCGAACAACAGAGUCUGGGACGCGUUGCGUAUGAGAAAGAAUUUGAGUAUGAUUGAGAAAGUCCUGUGCCCUGUGCCCGAGAAACGGAUCGGACAGAAAUGUGAUGUUUGUUCCACAUCCAUUAAUGAUGAAUCAGUUGGAGCAGUUGCGUGUAAUCUGUUGUCCAAGUUGAACGAGUCGCAGGCUAGUGCAAUACUUACCUCUCUUGCCACCGUGAAGUGUCGCCACAAGGCUUCCGUUGAACUUAUUUGUGGUCCACCUGGUACAGGAAAGACUAGGACGCUAAGUGCAAUGCUCGUUACACUACUGCGAAUGAAGUGUAGAACCAUUACUUGUGCCCCAACGGACGUAGCUACAGCCCGAGUUGCUUCAAAGUUGGUUCAACUGGUUCAGGAGACGUAUAAGAAUGAAUUUGAUGGCUUUUGUCCUUUGGGUGAUAUUCUGUUGUUUGGGAAUAAUAACUGUGAAGAUGGUGAAGAUAUUGAGGAGAUUUCCCUCGAUUAUCGUGUUGGCAGGUUGGCGGAGUGCCUUGCACCAAUGACUGGUUGGAAUCACUGUGUAAGUUCUAUGAUUAAUUUUCUGGAGGAACUCAGUGAGCAAGAGGAAGCUCCGAAGGUAAAGGUGAAAAACAGCUCAUUGAUAGAUUUUUCCCAGUUUAGUUUGAUAGCUUCAUCUCUUCGGAAAUUUUUGCUUACAAUCUGUACCCAUGUACCUAUACGGUUUCUUCGAGGAGAAAACGUUGAAAGCAUAGUGCGCGCUCUCUCCCUACUUAAUUCUCAUGAGAGGAUGUUAUUUCAUAAAAAUGCUGCUUCUAAGUCCCUUGUUCUUCUGAAGGAUCUUCAGAAAUCUCUUGGGAAACUGGAUUUUCCUACUGCAACGAGAAAGGAUCGGAUAAUGGAGUUCUGCAUCCAAAUGGCUUCCUCGGUUUUUUCUAGUGCUUCUACUUCAUAUAAGCUACAUUCAGUGGAUAUGGAACCAUUUGACUUAUUGGUUGUUGAUGAUGCCUGCCAGUUGAAGGAGUGUGAAGCGGUCAUACCUCUUCAACUUCGAGGUUUGAGGCACACUGUUCUGGCCGGAGGAGAGCGCCAAUUGUCAACAUUAGUGAAGAGUAGAAUUUCUCGUGAAGUUGGCUUCGGAAGGAGCUUGUUCGAAAGACUCCUUUCAUUAGGUCAUUCCAAGCACCUGCUUAACGUACAGUACAGAAUGCAUCCUUCCAUUAGCCAGUUCCCAAAUUCAAUUUUCUAUGGUAAACAGAUCCUCGAUGCCCCUGAUGUAAAGUGUAAAGCCUACGAGAAAAUAUAUCUUAAAGGACAGUGUUUUGGCCCGUACACCUUUAUAAAUGUACCAUGGGGAGAAGAGGAGCUGGAUAAUCUCGGGCACAGGCGAAAUUUGGUUGAGGUUGCUUUGGUAAUGCAGAUAGUGCAGAGCUUGUUCAAAGCUUGGAAUACAUCCAACAAGAAACUCAGCAUUGGUGUUAUAUCACCUUAUGCCGCUCAAGUUUUGGCCAUACAAGAUAGACUUGGGCAGAAGUAUAAUAACCAUGCACAUUUCGAAGUUAACGUGAAGACAGUUGACAGAUUUCAGGGAGGGGAAAAUGAUAUUGUAAUAAUAUCUACAGUGAGGUCUAACAGGGCUGGCUCCAUUGGCUUCUUGUCUAGUCUUCAUUGGACUAAUGUUGCUUUGACCAGGGCUCGGCAUUGUCUCUGGAUAUUGGGCAAUGAGCAAACGAUGCUUGAUAGCAAUACCAUAUGGGAAGCACUAGUUCUCGAUGCCAAGGAUCGUCUGUGCUUCUUUCAUGCAGACGACGAUACGGACAUGAGGAAAACACUUUUAGAUGUGAAGAAAGAACUUGAUCAAUUGGAUGAUUUUCUAAAUGGGGAUAGUAUUCUAUUCAAAAAACAAAGAUGGAAGGUAGUGUUCAGCGACAAUUUUAGAAAGUCAUUUCGUAAGUUGGCAUCCUCGUGCUUGAGAAAGUAUGUGUUAACUCUUCUGGUUAAGCUUGCUAGUGGAUGGCGUCCAAAGAGAAAUAAGGUGGAGUUAGUUUGUGAAAGCUCAACUCAAGUUGUAAAGCAGUUCAAGGUGGUUGAAGGGCGUUACAUCGUUUGUACUGUUGAUAUUCAGAAAGAGGAUUUUUAUACACAAGUUCUAAAGGUUUGGGAUAUUUUGCCUUUGGAGGAGGUUGCCGAGUUUUUGAAACGACUCGAUGCAAUAUAUUUAAUGUACACUAAAGAAUUCAUCAACCUCUGUAAGGAGAAGUAUUUUGAGGGGGAUUGGGAAGUCCCAAAGAGUUGGGAGAUUCAUCAUGAAAUUGUUCAGUAUAAAAACGAUACUCAAAGAAAAUUGAGCGGUGACUCGAAUGGUGCACUCAAUGACGUUGGUUGUCUUGAAAAAUCAAAAGUGAGUGAAAGCUUCUUGUUGAUGAAGUUUUACUCCUUAUCAUCUGGUAUGGUCACUCAUUUGCUCUCCGAUCGAUACGGUGAAGAAGUAGAUAUCCCUUUUGAAGUUACUAAUGAAGAGAGGGAGAUAAUCUGUUUCAGUAAAAGUAGCUUCAUCCUUGGCCGCUCAGGCACCGGGAAAACUACCGUGUUGACAAUGAAGUUAUUCCAGAAGGAGCAACAUUACCAUAGUUCCGUUCACGGGCUAAGUGUAGCUGAGGGAAAUGAGGUAAGUCAAUCUGCGGGGGAGACAAGAAUUCGACUAUUCGAGGAAAAUGAAGAGGACCAAUGUCUCGGAGAGACUAGCAAGACUACUUUGCACCAGCUAUUUGUGACAGUUAGUCCUAAACUAUGUUAUGCUGUUAACAAGCAAGUUUCUCAGCUGAAAAGGUUUGCUCUUGGUGGAAGUUUCUGGGCCGAAAGCAGCUUUGAAACUGAUGAUUUGGAUGGAAUGACACAAUUUAGGGACAUACCGAAUUCUUUUAUUGCCGUUCCAUACAAAAAAUAUCCUCUUGUGAUAACAUUCCAUAAAUUCUUAAUGAUGCUUGAUGGAACUAUAGGUUCUUCCUACUUCGAUAGAUUUAACUUGAAGUGGAAGCUUUCCAAGGACAAAAGCUUGAGGGCAGUUGCCCUAGAGACAUUCAUAAGAGAGAAGGAGAUCAGCUAUGGCCGCUUCUGUUGCUUGUAUUGGCCUCACUUUAGAAGUCAGUUGACCAAGAAUCUUGAUCCUUCAAGGGUCUUUACUGAAAUAAUGUCUCAUAUAAAAGGUGGGCUGCAUGCUGGGGAUUUUCUUGAUGGGAAGCUUAGCAGAGACGCUUAUGUUUCUAUGUCUGAACAUCGGGUCUCCAAUUUAAGUGCGGAAAAAAGAGAGGGAAUUUAUGAUAUUUUUCAAACUUAUGAAAAGAUGAAGAUGACGCGUGGUGAAUUUGAUCUAUCUGAUUUAGUUAAUGAUCUUCAUCUUCGACUAAAAUGUUGUCAUCUGGACGGUGACAAAAUGGACUUCGUAUAUGUUGAUGAAGUUCAAGAUUUGACAAUGAGACAGAUCUCUCUUUUCAAAUACAUUUGCAGGAAUGUUGAUAAAGGAUUUGUUUUUUCUGGGGAUACGGCCCAGACGAUUGCCAGGGGGGUAGAUUUUCGUUUUGAAGACAUAAGAAAUCUAUUUUACACUGAGUUUGUCAUGAAAUCAAAGGGUGAUGCCAGAAGAAAAGAUAAAGGACACAUAUCUAGUGUUUUUCAGUUGCUUCAGAACUUCCGUACGCAUACUGGUGUACUUCAACUUGCUCAAAGUGUGAUCAAUCUACUUGCUCAUUAUUUCCCUCAGUCUGUAGAUGUCUUGAAACCUGAAACAAGUCUUGUAGCUGGUGCGGCUCCAGUUUUGCUCAAGCCCGGAGAUGAUGAAAAUGCUAUUAAAACUAUUUUUGGGAACAAGGGAAAUAACAGUGGAAAACUGGUAGGCUUUGGUGCGGAACAAGUAAUAUUAGUACGUGAUGAAUCUGCAAAAAAAGAAAUCACUAGUUAUGUUGGGCAGAGAGCGCUUGUUUUGACCAUAGUUGAGUGCAAAGGCCUGGAGUUCGAGGAUGUUCUCAUGUACAAUUUCUUUAGCUCAUCGCCACUUGGGAAUCAGUGGAGAGUCGUAUAUGAGUACAUGAAAGUGCAAAGUUUAGCCGAUUUGUCCUUCCCAAGUUUCUGUGAUGCGAGACAUAAUAUCUGGUGUUCUGAGCUAAAGCAACUUUACGUGGCUAUCACUCGAACGAGGCAAAGAUUGUGGAUCUGUGAAAGUGUAGAUGAUUUUUCCAGGCCUAUGUUUGACUACUGGAAAAUGUUGUCUCUUGUGGAAGUAAGGGAGGUCGAUGAUUCCAUUGCAGAUACAAUGCAAACUUUUAGCACUCCGGAUGAGUGGAAGUCAAGAGGAUUGAAGCUAUUUUGGGAGAAAAAUUAUAAGAUGGCGCUAAUGUGUUUCAAGAAAGCGGGAGAAACAAAUUGGGAGAGAAGGGCAAAGGCAGCUAGCCUCAGGACAACUGUUGAACAAAUUCGUUAUACAGACCCCGAAAAGGCUCGCACCUGUCUUCUGGAGGCUGCUGAGAUAUUUUAUUCCAUUGGCCGGUUUGAGUCUGCAGCGGAGUGUUUUUAUGACUUGGAGGAUUAUCAGCGAGCAGGAAAUAUUUAUUUGCACGAGUGUGGUGAACUAUUAAAGGCUGCUGAAUGUUUCUUACUGGCCGGCCGCUACAAGCAAGCAGCACGAGUUUAUGCAAAAGGAAAUUAUUUCACAGAGUGCCUGUCAGCUUGUACCAAAGGAAAAUGUUACUACUUAGGUCUGGAAUAUAUCGAGGACUGGAAGCAGAAUGCCCUUCAGCAUACUAAUGCUGGGAAAACUGAUGAAAUUGGAAAGGAGUUCCUUGAGAAUUGUGCAUAUAAUUUUUUUGAGCUCAAGGACACAGCUUCCAUGAUGAAAUUUGUCAAAGCUUUCCCGUCGAUGGACAUGAAGCGAAAAUUCUUAAUGUCUCGAAAGUGCCUCGACGAGCUGCUUCUUUUAGAAGAAGAAUCAGGAAACUUUGCAGAUACAAUGCAAACUUUUAGCACUCCGGAUGAGUGGAAAUCAAGAGGAUUGAAGCUAUUUUGGGAGAAAAAUUAUAAGAUGGCGCUAAUGUGUUUCAAGAAAGCGGGAGAAACAAAUUGGGAGAGAAGGGCAAAGGCAGCUGGCCUCAGGGCAACUGUUGAACAAAUUCGUUAUACAGACCCCGAAAAGGCUCGCACCUGUCUUCUGGAGGCUGCUGAGAUAUUUUAUUCCAUUGGCCGGUUUGAGUCUGCAGCGGAGUGUUUUUAUGACUUGGAGGAUUAUCAGCGAGCAGGAAAUAUUUAUUUGCACAAUAUUUAUUUGCACAAGUGUGGUGAACUAUUAAAGGCUGCUGAAUGUUUCUUACUGGCCGGCCGCUACAAGCAAGCAGCACGAGUUUAUGCAAAAGGAAAUUAUUUCACAGAGUGCCUGUCAGCUUGUACCAAAGGAAAAUGUUACUACUUAGGUCUGGAAUAUAUCGAGGACUGGAAGCAGAAUGCCCUUCAGCGUACUAAUGCUGGGAAAACUGAUGAAAUUGGAAAGGAGUUCCUUGAGAAUUGUGCAUAUAAUUAUUUUGAGCUCAAGGACACAGCUUCCAUGAUGAAAUUUGUCAAAUCUUUCCCGUCGAUGGACAUGAAGCGAAAAUUCUUAAUGUCUCGAAAGUGCCUCGACGAGCUGCUUCUUUUAGAAGAAGAAUCAGGAAACUUUGCUGAAGCAGCGGAAAUAGCACGGCUGAAUGGUGAUAUUCUUUGUGAAGCUGAUCUUCUCGGGAAGGGAGGGGAUUUCAAUAAGGCGUGCUCACUCGUCCUUUUAUAUGUGCUCUCUCACUCCUUAUGGAUGGACGGAAGCGAAGGUUGGCCUUUGAAAUCGUUCGUGCGAAAGGAUGAACUCCUAAAGAAGGCGACGUCAUUCGCGAAGCAUGGGUCAAAUUUUGAAACCAUGUGCACUGAGAUUAAAGUUUUAGCAGGUGAGUCAGGUGACUGGUCCGACUUGAAGCAUACAUUCAGUUCCUCUCAGAAAAGUAAAAGUUUCCUUGGUGAAAUGUUGUGCUGUAGAAAAAUCUUGGAUUUUCAUAUUCGAGUGGAUGUAAAGAAGUAUGUUUGGGAUGAUAAGUUAUUGGGCAAUCUACAUGAUUUGGAAGAACUGAUUUCGUGCUGCCAGGUUGGUGUUGGGACACUGCUUCACUUUUGGAAUUUGUGGAAGAAGAAUGUCAUCGAUGUUCUUGAUUCUAUCCAGUGCCUCGGAGACGUAAAUUAUGGUGAAUUCAAGGAGAUCGGAGAAUUCUGCCUAAAAUACUUUGGCGCAAGGCAGCAGAUAAAUGGUCUCAACAUUACGUAUGUUCUGCUUCAUCCAGCAGCCGAAUGGGUCAAAAACAUUCAAAACUUUGUCAUUAAACGGAACAAACAGAUGGUUUUUGUUGAUGCUCGGCAUUUUAUUUCUGCUGCCCGGACUCAUUGGCAUGCAGAAUUACUCGUAGUUGGUCUUAAAGUUCUCAAAACUCUUGCAUCUCUCUAUGAGUUGGCCGUAAAGUCAAUGCCUCUGUUUUGUCAGAGCAUGUGCCUACUAAAUGUGUUCGAGAUCGCAAAGUUUUUGUUGGAGUCCGAACACCAUGAUGGGAGAAUACAUAACUUUCUGAUAUUGUCUGGAAAAUACUUUGAAAAGAUAUUCCCCCUCGAUCCCCGACAAUCAAUGGUGGACGGUAUGAUUGUUCUAAGGAGAACAAAGCUUUCAUGUGACGUACUUCAAGAAUUCAUUGUUCGAGACAUUGGCACCAGUGAUCUUCUUAGUUAUGGACAGAUUGGGAGGAUAGUGAUGAUAUGGCUUGCUUCUGGCAAUCUUUCCGAGGAGCUGUACAAGAAAGUUGUUGGAAGAAUCCCAUCGGAUGUUCCUUGGAAGUCAUUCUUUGAAACUCUCAAUUGCAUGAAACAGAGGCAAUGUAUGGAAGAUUUUGAGUCAAGCGAUUCUGUUGGAGGAAAAUUGUUGAAAUUUCAAGAAGUUCUAUCGAGUGACGGUAAUCUUGAAUGUUCUGAGGGAUCUUCAAACAAUGCAGCGGAAACUAUGGAGGUUACGUUAUUGCGGGAAUUUUGUGAUGCUUUGCAGGAUACCUUCAGCGCACAUUGGAUGAAAAUAGAUGACUUUUUCUCCCCAGUGUGCUUCUUGUAUCUUCUUGAGCGCUUCCUGAUUUUGGUAUCUCAGUAUCGUGGAAUCUUCUUCACUGCAAAAUCUUCAUUUGUGGAGUGGCUGAUAUCUGAGCAGUUUGAAGCCCGAAAGACUUCCACGCAUGCAAUUAACACACAGCAUCUAGAAGAAUUUUAUGAUUCCGUACUCGUGAUGGUGCAAGGAUUGAUUUAUGAUAAAGCUAGUACAGUUAAGUGGAUUGAACGAUCGAGAAUUAACGUUCAUCUGUACUACAAGCAGAUGGUAUUGAGAUUGGUUCUUAUACUGUGCUUACUGUGUGUGAACUGUGAGAAAUACUCUGACGUUCUCUUCAAAGUACUCAGUAUCGAUGAUGUUAGGAACCAUCUUCCGGAGGAACCUUAUGACAUUCUUCAGCGAGGAAUGGAGAUAAAUUACGUUCGGAUCAAUGAUUUUGGAGAAGCUUUUGAAAAGGUUGGAGAUCCUCUUUUGGUUGUCAACGUCGGUGAGAUUGAAGUCGAGUUUUCCAAUGUCAUUUCGGUGCAGUUGGGAACAAACUGCAGCAGAGAAGAUAUCUUGAGUUUGUUGCUUCCGGCUGACAGUUAGUUCAAAUUUCCGUUGUUGAAGAAGUUAUGUUUGAUCCAUCCGCUAAUUUUUCCUCACCUUGUGGUGAUCAACCAAAGGGUUCGGCAAUGCCACUUUCGGCUGUUACUCCUGUGGCAGGUCAAUGAUGUCUAGUGGCAAUGAUGGCUGUGGAAUUUCUGCAAAUGUCUUAAUGGUUCAUCUGAAGGAGGAAAUGAGGGCCAAUAUGAACUUCUUCACGGGUGCAAUUAACCUCUGCUCGGGGAAGAAACUUUAUGCUGGUGAGGCAUGAUGGAGGAAGCGCGUAAUACGCUUCAUGAGUUGAUACAACUCGAUUCAUUAAUGAAUACAAGGUGCUUGAAGCACCGACUAUACAACUUGAUGAGAACUUGAGGUAUGAGGAGGAGCCAGUGGCUAUUGUUGACAGACAAGUAAGGAAGUUGCGGUCAAAAGAAAUUGUGUCCGUGAAAGUCUUAUGGAGAAAUCAUACCGUUGAAGAAGCUACUUAGGAGUCGGAAAAUGAUAUGCGAGUCAAGUAUCCCUAGUUGUUUCAAUCUACAGGUAUGCACUUGUUUUAAAUUCGGGGACCGAAUUUCUUAAGGUGGAGAGAAUGUAAUAUCCCAUAUUUAAUAAUGGGUAUUUGGGUAAAUUAAAAAAAAAAACUGGUGGCUAAAGAAAUAAAGUGCAUCAUAUGACAAAUAAGGAAAAGAGAAGUAUAAAAGUCCAUGGGCUUUAGCCCAUUGAGGAAUCUGGCGUCACUUUAAGAAAAGGACAAAGGAUUAGAAAAUAAAAAAUAAAAAAUAAAAGAAAAACUUACCCUCUGUUUGGAUGGUUGUUUCCCGUGGUUCAUUAAUGUACAGUAUGGUAUGGUACAUUAUGGUAUUGUAUUGUAUUGUACUGUAUUAAUAAACAUAAUGUUUGGAUAGACUGUAUCGUUUGUGGUGGUUUAAUAACAUUUGUAUUGUUUGGUUUGACUGUAUGGUACUGUAUAAUAACUUAUAAGUUUACUAAAAUACCCUUAACUCUUAAUUAGAAAUUAAUUUGUAUAUAUUAAUAAAACUCAGGUAAAGAAUAAAAUAGAAACUUUAAAAAAUAAGU